ACCCAAGCCGCCAACCAAGGGGCCAACAUGGAGAGAAAAGUUCUGGCACUGCAGGCGAGAAAGAAAAGGGCCAAAGCCAAGAAGUCAACCAAGAAGCCAGCACACCCUCCACGUGGGGCAUCACAACAGCAGCCUCCCCCUACAGAGACCCAGAUACAAGAGCCAGAUGAGGAAAUCCUCGGCUCCGAUGAUGAAGAGCAAGAAGAUCCUAAUGACUAUUGCAAAGGAGGCUAUCAUCACGUGAAAAUAGGGGACCUACUUAAUUGUAAAUACCAUGUGAUCCGUAAGCUGGGAUGGGGGCAUUUCUCCACUGUGUGGCUGGCCUGGGACAUCCAAGGGAAGCGGUUUGUUGCGAUGAAGGUGGUAAAAAGUGCAGAGCAUUACACUGAAACGGCUCUGGAUGAAAUAAAACUACUCAGAUCUGUCAGAAAUACAGACCCUGAUGAUCCAAACAGAGAGAUGGUUGUGCAGCUACUGGAUGAUUUCAAGAUCUCAGGGGUCAAUGGCACUCAUGUCUGCAUGGUGUUUGAAGUUCUAGGGCAUCACUUGCUUAAAUGGAUUAUCAAGUCCAACUAUCAAGGCUUACCUCUACCCUGUGUGAAGAGCAUCAUUCGACAGGUUCUUCAGGGUCUGGAUUACCUGCACACCAAGUGUCAAAUUAUUCAUACAGACAUUAAGCCAGAGAACAUUCUGAUGAGCGUGGAGGAGCUGUAUGUCAGACGACUGGCUGCAGAAGCCACUGAAUGGCAGAAAGCAGGAGCUCCUCCUCCAUCUGGGUCAGCAGUGAGCACUGCGCCUGCACCAAAACAGGCACCCAAAAUGUCAAAAAACAAGAAAAAGAAGCUAAAGAAGAAGCAGAAGCGUCAAGCGGAGCUCCUGGAGAAGUGCAUCAUGGACUUGGAAGAGAUGGAGAUUGGGCCUGAGGGCAGAGAGGAAGACGAGGACGGCCCAGAAUCCCCCAAAUCUCCCUCCUGCGCCCCACUUAGACAGGCGUCACUUCAGGAAAUUGCUGCUGAGGACACCAUAAUGGACACCAGAGAGAGACUAACAUCAGAUGCUUCAGUUGAGCUCAACUGUAAUGGCUGCCUGCACUCUAGUCAAACACAGCCUGAGGAGGACGAGCAAGGAGACCAGCAAUAUGGCCAGUUACUACAAGAGGACCACCAUAAUGCAAACGCAGGCACAGAGGACACGGCUCAAAGCAUGUAUGAGUACUGUAAUGGGGCAGAAUCCCCUGAACUGGACCAGGCCUGUUAUAGUAACGGCACCUCUGGCCCAGAGCAGCUGGAGGAUGGAGAAUUGGCAACCGAAGAGCAACAUCAGCAAAAGACUAGAGCCAGAGCCAGGGAACAGAACAAAGAUAAGAUAAAGGAUGACAAGUUGUCAGCUGGAAGCCUAUUGGUCAACCCACUGGAUCCGCUCAAUGCUGACAAGAUCAAGGUUAAGAUUGCAGACCUUGGAAAUGCCUGCUGGGUGCACAAGCACUUUACUGAAGACAUUCAGACCCGACAGUACCGCUCUCUGGAGGUGCUGCUGGGAUCAGGAUACAACACACCCGCUGAUAUAUGGAGCACGGCCUGCAUGGCGUUUGAAUUGGCCACUGGUGAUUAUUUGUUUGAACCCCACUCUGGUGAAGAUUACUCCAGAGAUGAAGACCACAUUGCUUUGAUCAUUGAACUGCUCGGGGUCGUCCCACGCAAACUCGUACUGACCGGGAAAUACUCCAAGGAGUUUUUCAGCAAGAAAGGUGACCUGAAGCACAUCACCAAACUGAAGCCGUGGGGAUUGCUGGACGUCCUUAUGGAUAAGUACGAGUGGCCUCAGGAGGAAGCCCAAACCUUCAGUGAUUUCCUGCUUCCUAUGCUGGAGCUCCUGCCUGAGAAAAGAGCCACGGCUGCUGACUGUCUGCGACACCCAUGGCUCGCCCUCUAGUGGCUCCUCCAUGCCACUGCACACUUCAGGCCACCUAAAGAGACUGCAACAGAUCACUUUCAGUUUAUAGAGCAUAUCGGCAUACUUCUUUUUCUUCCGUUCAUCCGAGUCAUUCGUUUUGCUUGGGAGGAAUAGCAAACCUGUCUUUUUGUUCUCAGCUGUUGUUAUUGUUAUUAUUAUUAUUAUUUUUCCAGAGUUGAGAGGUUUAUUGUGAGGGUCAAAUCUGCCGUGAUCCUUCCGCCAUUCCUCAUAUUUUGGUAAAGGAUGACUUGUAGACCUAGAAAGUCCUGUUUGUUUUGAUUUCCAGAAGUUGUGAAAUGUUUUUGCAGUUCUGAACGGAGACUGCAGCGUGAUGCACAUGAGAUUUUUGUUACUUGUAGUUUUCAGAGAUGGAAAGCGAUGAGGGUUUUUGGAAAGGGAAUCGUUGGUUUACCUUUAUAACUGUAGAGUAUAAAUUAAGAUUUUUUCUGUUCGCCGCACCUCUGUGUUUCUCUCAACUAUACAAGUGUCUUGUGUGUGUGUGUGUGAGCGUGUGCGUGCGUGUGGUUAUUAGUCGAGUAGGUUUUGAACUUGUCAGUCUCAGAAUAGAUUUUUAAAGUCUUCUCACUCAUGGUCAGUACAUGAAGCUUCCAUAUAAAGUGAGUAAAUGUUAAGGGUCACCAAAAAUGAUAUUUGGGGGAUAAAAAAAAACAAAAACAUUUGUUGUCGGAGUGUGUGUGUGUGUGUGUGUUGUAUGUAUGUGUUUGUGCGCGCGCAUGUGCAUGCGUAUGCGUGUGUGUCUGUAUAUAUGUGUACCAAAGAGUUUGCCUUGAUCUGUAUAUUACAGCCAUGUACAGUUUUUAAAAGAAAUCCUACUAUUGCAUCUAAACUAAGAAUAGAAGUGUUUUAAUAAAGCAUUUGGAAGAUGGGUGCACA